CGACCAAUUAAAGCUUAAUUAUCAGUUAAUCUUCUUAGCUUCCUACUAGGAGUAGGGACUACACACUAGACUACAGCUGAAGCCUGAACGAGAAUCUCGCUUUCUCUCUUCCCCCCCCCCCCUCUCUCCUCUCUGACUCUCUGUGUCCGUACUCUCACCAAAACGCUCAGAGAGUGCUCUCCCUCUCUCCGUUAAAUGAGCCCGUUGUCUGCUGAACAGAUCUUUCUUUUUCUUUUUUUUUUUAUUCGUUUUCAGUUGUCUUAAAUAAGUCAUGACAGUAGAAACGAUUCUCUUUGCAUGGCAACCUUCAAGCUCUGCAAAUUCCGGCCACAGCUCAUUUGCAAAAGAAACAGAGAGCUGGGCUUUCCUCUACCCGUCUUUGGGUCUUCAUUAAGCUGCCUUCUGAUUGCUUUCCUCAUGCUAUUUGUCGGUCUUCUCUAAUCAAGCUUCCGUCUUGUUCUUACUUGAAGAUUACCCAUCUGUAAACUCUACUAUAUUAUUCCAAUUUGUCGAUAUUUUUAUUGUUUUUUUCCUAUCCUUUGGACGAGCGGGUGGGAGGUUACAAGAUUCGAUCUCCGAUUUUCUCCUGGGGAUGGGUAUGCAAAUGAUUAUGCUGCAAGUGAGAGUGAGACUCAUCAUCAUUGUCGGCGCUUUGGUAGUUCAUGGAUCUGCAGGGUACAAUAUAUCACCAAGAGCUUUUUCUGCAGUUUCUCCAACUGAAGAUAGAAAGCCUAGUGUUGGCUACCAUAGGAAGUCUCUGGAAACUGGAGCACAAAGUCCAGGGCAUCUGCACAAUGGGCCUAUCUCAUUGGUAUUUCCACCCAAUGUUUCCGCACCUGUCCCCCGAGCUGUGCAAGGGCUGGUACCAUCCAUAUCCCCAGAUAUUGGAAGUCUAUUGCCACCACAAGAGUCAGCAUCCCCACUCCAACCCAUCCAGGGGUUUGUACCAUCUGCCCUACCAAGGGCUCAUUAUCGAAGAGCACCAUAUGAACCUGCUGUUUCUCCAAAACCGGGUCCUCCAUCCAGAAUCAGGAAGAGAUAUGGAGUGCCAGUUGCUGCACCUCCAAUGGAAUCAUUUGAUCAUUUAUCACCUGUGAACCAUUCCCCAGCCAAAGGUCUGUUCCCUGUUGAAGCCCCUGCACCAGACAAAACUGUGAGGCCCUCUAAUAAAGCAUUUGCACCUUCCAAGUCAUCUUCCAAAGCCCCAGAGAGGAGACAAUUUCAUAGUCCUGCACCUUCACCUUCAUUUUACAAGCAUAAACAUGCAAAUCAAAGAGCCAACGGCCUUGCUCCUACAUCAAUUCCAUCCCAUCCUCCUGCUUCUUAUCACAAAGGUCUGAUCAUCACUCCUGCACCUUCAAAUGCUUCGGAAACAUUGCCAAAGAAAAGUAGAAGACACAAAGGCCUGCCACACUUGGGACAAGGUCCCUCUAUCUCCCCUGUCCAAUAUCCAGUUCCUCCAACAGUGAAAAGAGGUUCUUUUGCACCUGUACCAUCACCAGCGGUUCAAUCCGGCCAAAGGCGUGUUCUUCCUCCCAAAAUUUCUCCUCCAAGUUCUUUGCCAAGGAAGCCAAAGACACCAUUAUCUCCAUCAGUUCAAACAUUACCCCCACCACCUCCUAAUUUAGAUUGUACAUCAUUGGCAUGUGUGGAUCCUUAUACAAAUAGCCCUCCAGGAUCACCCUGUGCCUGUGUGUUGCCAAUGCAAGUUGAACUGUGCCUUAGUGUGGCCCUAUACACCUUCUUUCCUUUGGUUUCUGAACUGGCUGCAGAAAUAGCAGCUGGAGUUUUCAUGAGACAAAGUCAAGUUCAUAUCAUGGGAGCAAACGCAGCCAGUCAACAGCCAGAGAAGACUAUUGUUCUUAUCAAUCUGGUGCCACUUGGAGUAAAAUUUGAUAACACCACAGCAUUUAUGACCUAUGAGAAAUUCUGGCACAAACAGAUUGCCAUAAAGGCUUCCUACUUUGGUGACUAUGAAGUGUUGUAUGUUAAAUAUCCAGGGCUUCCUCCCUCCCCACCUUCAACAACCUCAAGCAUUACCACCAUAGAUGGUGGAUCUUUACCUGGCCAUGACAAUAAUGGAAGGACAAUACGGCCUCUGGGAGUUGAUGUGAGGAGGAAACAAAAAGGAGGACUUGGUGGUGGCAUGAUUGCUAUAAUAGUUCUGUUAUCUGUUAUAGCCAUUGUGUUCUGUGUUGGAGCUGCUUGGGUGUUUCUAUUGAAAUGUGGAAGACAUUCUGGUCAACCUGCAUCUACCAUUGAAGCUUUUGUACCUUCCCUUGCAAAGCCAUCAGGGGCUGCUGGAUCUAUGAUGUUUGGAAGUGGAGCCAGUUCUGCAUCACUGUCCUUUGGAUCUAGCUUUGCAACAUAUACAGGAACUGCUAGAACUUUCAGUGCAGGUGAAAUAGAAAGAGCUACUGAUAACUUUGAUGAUUCAAGAAUACUGGGGGAAGGUGGAUUUGGACGUGUCUAUAGUGGUACCCUUGAUGAUGGAACAAAGGUGGCUGUAAAGGUUCUUAAGAGAGAUGAUCAACAGGGUGGCCGAGAAUUUUUGGCAGAAGUAGAGAUGCUUAGCCGGUUGCAUCACCGGAACUUGGUCAAAUUGAUUGGUAUAUGCACAGAGGACAAUACCCGCUGCUUGGUCUAUGAACUCAUUCCAAAUGGCAGUGUGGAGUCCCAUCUACAUGGAUCAGACAAGGAGGCUUCUCCACUUGAUUGGGGUGCCCGAAUAAAGAUUGCACUUGGUGCAGCUCGUGGUCUAGCAUAUUUGCAUGAAGACUCAAGCCCUCGUGUUAUUCAUCGAGACUUCAAGUCCAGCAAUAUCUUAUUGGAACAUGAUUUUACUCCCAAGGUGUCUGAUUUCGGUUUGGCCAGAACAGCUUUGGAUGAGGGAAAUAAACACGUUUCAACACGCGUUAUGGGAACAUUUGGUUACGUGGCUCCGGAAUAUGCAAUGACUGGACAUCUUCUUGUGAAGAGUGAUGUUUACAGUUAUGGUGUGGUACUUCUUGAGCUCCUAACAGGAAGAAAACCUGUGGACAUGUCACAGCCACAAGGUCAAGAGAAUCUAGUUGCUUGGGCACGCCCGCUUCUUACAAGUAAGGAGGGUUUAGAAGCAAUUGUUGACCCUGCAUUAGGAUCCAAUAUCCCAUUUGAUAGUGUGGCCAAGGUAGCAGCAAUUGCUUCAAUGUGUGUACAACCAGAAGUGUCACACCGACCUUUCAUGGGAGAGGUAGUGCAGGCAUUGAAGCUUGUGUGUAACGAGUGCGGUGAGACGAAAAGAGUGGGAUCAGAUAAUUGUAGUCGGGAAAACUUGUCGAUUGAUUUGGAUGCUAGGGUUAGUACUGGUUCGGGUCAAAUUCCAGAAUCUACACGUACCUACUAUGCUAUGCCUGUAUGUGAAUCCAGCCUUGAAGACCGGGGGGCUCUAUCUGCUUUGGAUGUCUUCAGUACAUCAGCAAGACAUGGGAUGCAGGUAUCGGGGUCUUUUAGGAGGCACUCUAGUUCAGGCCCUCUGCGAACAGGGAGGGGCAUGCGGUUUUGGCAGAGAUUAAGAGGCAUGACUAGAGGUAGUGCAAGUGAACACGGAGUUGCUUCCAGAUUGUGGGCAGUAUCUCGAUGAAUUUGUUGGAGCGCCAUCCAGGAAUAAGGCAACAUUGUGGUUUUCAUAUGUGAGAACAACUAGGGGGAAGACUAGUAGUUUGGGAUUUGAUAAGAAAUGCAGCUGCAUUCAAGUUCCAAUGCCUUGUGUGGCUAUGACCUCAAAAUUUAUCCAGAAUGGCUCAUGCUGCUGCUAAGAUCCCUGAAGGAAAUGCAUUGGUCAUGGUGAACAAGUUUGUUUGCUGCAAUCUUUGUCAAAAGAUGAUUCAGAUGAGAGCCAUGAUUUGUGAAGUUUGUAUCUUUGAAAGAGGCAUGAUUCUUAGUGUAUCUCAAAUAAAUGCUCCACUUUGAGAUAGUCUUGAUUUGAAGUUUUGAGCAAAGUUUCCUUGGUUCAGUUCAAUCCCUCUCUAUGUAUCGAGGAUUUGAAGUAUACAAGAGAUCUUUUACACAACUGUAAUCUCAAACUUUCAAUUGGUGGUAUCUACCAUCUAUCCUUCUUUACAAGGAAAAUUUGAGUAUAAGACGAUUGGUUAAUUUACUUCAGCCCAUAGAACGUGGAUUGAUUUCCCUUUUCCCCACUUUUAGCUUAAACUGACCAAGUUUAAUGUUGCUUA